GGCCCUCUCCUCUGCUUUUUGCUUCUACAACGUUUACCCUUGCCUCAGCCUGACUGACUAUCAGAUCUGACCAUGCGCAAGAGAAGGUUUUAAAGUGACUAUUGAUAAAAGUUCCAAUUCCAGCGGACGCGGACUCACAAGCCUCUUUGACCUCAGAUGCAAGCUUCAGUAAAAUUGAAGGCUCGCAUGCAAAAGCAAGGCUGUUGAUUGUUGCUGCAAAUCUUGAAUUGUGUCACCCAACUUUGGACAACAAUGGAGGUGGAACUGGCAAAAUCAAGAAAGGUGCAACCUAGAAGCCAAAACUAUGAACUCAGAAAACACUAUGAACUCCCCAAUCACAUCCUGGAAUCUAUCUUCAAGCGGCUGUGUUCGAUAGACAUUUUUCGGGCCAAAGCUAUUUGUCCUUCCUGGAACUCAGCUGCCAAAUCACUCCUCACCUCCAAGUCCCACAUGUGCCUCAGCAAAACCCCAUGGCUUGUGAUUCAUCCCAAAGAAUUUGGUCAACAAAAAAGAGGCAAUAUUUACGAUGAUAACAUUGAUGCCUCUGUUUGCAUCAAGAAUCUUGAAGAAAACAUGGUUUAUAGUCUGAGGCUUAAAUUUGAACUUAAUUGCUGCAUUGGAUCAUCACAUGGAUGGCUGAUUGUGGCAAGCUCAGAAGCUACUCCCUUUCUGUUAAAUCCGUUCACACUAGCAGUAAUCCAACUUCCUCCAAUAAUAGAUUUUCCCUUGGAUGUAAGAAUCAAGAAAUUUGCAGCUUACAAUGUCAACAGCAAAUCACAGCUACCGGAAGGGUUUUGGGUAAAAGCUAUUAUGACCUCAGCUCCCUGUGCAAACAACAACUACAGUGUAAUUUUGAUCUUUGCAAGAGAAAACCUACGAAGGAUUGCUUAUUCCAAUAAUAGGGAUGGUUCAUGGUCUGAACUUGAUGGUAAGCAUGCAAGCUAUCAAGAUGUCAUAUGCCACAGCAAUCAACUCUAUGCACUAAGCAGUGAAGGUUCUAUUGAAACUUGGGAUUUCCAAGAAGGUUGUCCAGAAAAAUGUAUGGAUAUUCAUCUUCCUUUUCCUAAGAAAUCAUUGGACAAAGAAAAAUCAUUUGAAAAGGAUUUCAUUAGGACGCUUUACUUGGUUGAAAUGGGUGGGGAAAUUCUACUUGUUGUGAGAUAUACUUUCAGUCGUAGACCGUAUGGUCAUUCUCAUCCUCCCAUCUAUGAAACACAAAUAUUUCAUGUUUACAAGCUGAAUUUUAGUGAGAAAAAGUGGAUGGAGGUGAAAUCCUUGAAAGAUCACUCAAUGUUUCUGGGUAAAAAUCAUUCUGUAUCAAUCUCCACUCAAGAUUCAUGGUCAUGUAAAGCAAAUUCAAUUUACUUUGUAGAUGACCAUGUCCAUUUAGAUUCAAGAACUUGGAAUGGAUAUCUUGAUGUGGGUGUGUACAACAUGGAAGACAAAAGCAUUGGAGAAAUUUACAAAAGACACACAAUGGAUCCGCCACCUUGUUGGCUUGUUCCUGGUCCGUCUUAAUCUUGUUCCUGCAACAGUGGCAACAUUACUUGAAGAUUCUUAUUUUCUGAUUAUAGUACUCAACACUGGAUGGGUUAUUUGUUGCUUUUCUUUUCUUUUCUUUCUUCUGUUUUUUUUUUUUUUUAACUACUUCAUUAAUGGAUAUUUGGACUUUGGGAUUUCUAUUAAUUUCUUUGAAGAGCUAACCAGAGCCCGUAACUGAAUUGGUUUCUUGUUCAUGGACUAAAGUCUGCAGAGUAAGACUUGUCCAUUGAUAAGCUUGUUGCUGAGAAAGUUAUGGGAACCACCUAAAAUAAAUGAUGUUAAUUUGAACUGUGACACAUUCUUUUUGAUGAACAAUGAUUAAAAAGAGUAUUGAAAGUAAGACUUGUCCAUUGAUAAGCUUGUUGCUGAGAAAGUUAUGGGAACCACCUAAAAUGAAUGAUGGUAAUUUGAACUGUUGACACAUUCUUUUUGAUGAACAAUGAUUAAAAAGAGUACUGAACU